CCCCGUUCAGCCUGCCUUCCCCAAGUCCGUUACCCGCUACAUCACCCCCGCACUGCCUCAAUCCCUUGAACACCUCAGCAUCUGUCCCCGAGACACAGCAGUCAUCUCAACAUCAUUUGCAUCACUGCCGCCUACAGCAAAAUCACUAUCUGUCAUCACGCUUCCGCAGAGUAUAUAAAGCGAACGUCAACGUUGCGUUCCUUGGUUUGUCUUAUCGCCGUCCCCACGCACUACAAUUCAUCUUCUUUCAUUUCCUUAGACACUCUGAUCUUAUAUCGAACAAUAUGCCUAGUGUAUCGCCGAGAGCAACGAGAGCAACACGUAAAGCGGCUGCUUCGUCCUCGGAAUCUCACGAUUCCAAGAGGCUUAGACCUGCCACACCACAAGACCUCCGGGAAGGUGAAUCAAGUGGUGACGAGUCUCUACCGGAGGACUUGGAUGAUGGAUGGGGUUAUACGUUCCAGGCUGGUGAGUCGGUCUGGGUGAGGACAGCCGGCGGAAAUUGGCUACGAGGCAAGGUUUGUGGCGAUAUAACGCGAAAGGGUCGGACACGGACGACAGAGGGUCUUUUCUACCCGGUAAAGUUCGAUAAUAAGCUCCGCAAAUACUUCGCACCCCUGAAUGGGGAGAUCAAACCUGAUACACCGCACACGCGACGGCUGCUCAAAGAGGCUGGAUACGUUGAUAUAUGAUCAAACCUUCUUUAUACGAACUGCCACCACUAGACCUAUCUAUAUAUUUCUGAUUCACCCAUUGUACCUCUAGUUUCAUCACAAGCUUCCCGUCAUAACUACUGAAUCUAUAUUUGUGGCGUUCAGUCC